AUGAUGAAUGUCAACAAUGAGCCGAUGGCCACCCAAGGUGCAAUGAACUUGAACUUUAUUUUCAGCCAGCCACAUUGUCAACAUAAGAUGAUUGCAGCCAACCCAAUGUUCAUGUCGUUCACUGAGCCUUCAUCUGGGUCAAACACAUCUUUGAACUUCAACUACCUCAACAACUUUGACAUGACACCAUUCAAGAGCUGGUCUCUGCCCUUAGAGGCCAGAGUGGAUAAAUUAUUCAAAGGCAGCUUCAUAGGGAUGCAAAACAGUGUCAACUUCUUGGUUGCCAAUGAGACUGGUGGUGCAAUGAUCAUGUGCAAAGAUAGCUCAUUUCCACUGACAGAGAAAAGUGCCAAGAAUGUAGAGGUGCUCACUGUGUGGCAGAGCAUCACAAGCAACCUGCAGCUAAUGCCCAACCCCCCUUGGAUAUGUAGUCAUGCAGUGGGCUCAUGCAAGCAUCUCGAGCAGGACCUCGACAUACAGCCCAAUCUUCCAACACCUCCUGGAUAUCUGGAGCCCACCACCAACUAA